AUGAGACACCUUCUUCAGGGAUCCGGGAUGGCUUCAAUUUGGCAGAAAAUUCAAGAGUUCUACAACUGGGCCCUUGAAAAUGGAGACCCAAGGACAGACCCCUGGCUCCUGGUUUACUCUCCACUUCCAGUCACCCUGCUCUUCACCCUCUACCUCUUAUUUGUGGCACUGGGACCACGCCUCAUGCAGAAGUGGGAGCCACUGAGGCUAAAGGGUCUGCUGACUGCCUAUAAUUUGACCCUGGUGGCUCUGUCAAUCUAUAUGUUCUAUGAGUUCCUGGUAACUUCAGUCUUGGCCAACUAUAGUUACCUGUGUCAGCCAGUGGAUUACACCAGAAGCAAGUUGGGAAUGAGGCAGAUGGCGAGAGUGUGUUGGUGGUUCUUCUUCUCCAAAGUCAUUGAGCUGCUUGAUACGGUCUUCUUCAUUCUGCGCAAGAAGCCUGAGCAGGUGACUUUCCUGCAUGUGUAUCAUCAUGGCACCAUGCUUUUCAACUGGUGGGCUGGUGUCAAAUACGUGCCUGGAGGACAGGCCUUCUUCAUUGGGAUGUUGAACUCCUUUGUGCACAUCUUCAUGUACCUGUAUUAUGGGCUGGCCAGCCUGGGACCACAAAUGCAGCGCUACCUGUGGUGGAAACGCUAUCUCACCAUCCUGCAGCUGUGCCAGUUUGUGGCCAUCGCCGUUCACUCCUCCUAUAACCUCUUCACAAAGUGCCCAUUCCCCGAUGGCUUCAAUGUUGCAGUCUUCCUCUACAUCCUCAGCCUCAUUGUUCUCUUCCUAAACUUCUACUACUGGACCUACACCAGGGGGAAGUGGGAGAAACUAAGAUGA